AUGCCUCAAUCGUUGAGUUCGAUUUCAUGGAAGGCGAAAUGCGUUGCAACAGCUGCACUACUCCUCUGCCCUCUUUUGAGCAAAAUUGGACUUGUUGGAGCUGACAAUCCCUUUGUACAGACGAUUUACACAGCAGAUCCGGCACCGAUGGUCUAUAAUGAUCGUGUUUAUGCCUUUCUCGACCAUGACAACGAUGGCGCUACGACCUACGUGAUGACAGAAUGGCGUCUUUUCUCAACAGGAGACAUGGCAAACUGGCAGGAUCACGGAUCUCCUGCCAGUCUGGCCACCUUCAGCUGGGCCAACGCCAAUGCAUGGGCUCCGCAAGUUGUUGCCCGUAAUGGGAAGUUCUAUAUGUACGCCCCAAUGCGCCACACUACCGGUGCAAUGGCCGUGGGAGUCGCCGUAAGUUCCACCAUCACCGGCCCGUAUAAAGAUGCCUUGGGAAAGCCUCUGGUCGAGAAUAACGAGAUAGACCCGACGGUCUUCAUCGAUGAUGAUGGUCAAGUUUAUUUGUACUGGGGAAAUCCAGACCUGUACUACGUCAAGUUGAACCAGGAUAUGAUCUCAUACAGUGGAAGUAUAAUGAAGACUUUGCUCACAGUUGCUGGCUUUGGGCCAAGAACUGGUAGCAGUACGUCGCGAGCGACAUCAUUUGAAGAAGCACCUUGGCUUUACAAGCGCAACGGCACCUAUUAUCUGGCUUACGCAGCAAAUUGCUGUUCCGAAGACAUCCGAUAUUCCACUGCCCCUAGUGCCACAGGGCCCUGGACAUACAGAGGAGUUAUCAUGGCAAGUGCCGGCUCAAGCUUUACAAAUCACGAAGGCAUCAUUGAUUACAAGGGUAACUCAUACUUUUUCUACCACAAUGGUGCCUUGCCUGGCGGAGGAGGUUACCAGAGGUCAGCACGCGUUGAAAAAUUUGUCUACAACUCUGAUGGUACUAUUCCUACAACUAAGAUGACAACAGCUGGGCCCCCGCAGAUUGGCACUUUGAAUCCUUUUGUGCAGCAGGAGGCAGAGACAGCAGUUUGGUCCCAGGGUGUAGAGACGGAGGUCUGCAGUGAAGGCGGCAUGGACGUUAGUAGUAUUAAUAACGGCGACUAUAUCAAGGUUAAGGGUGUUGCCUUCGGUACCGGGGCUAAGUCUUUCUCUGCUCGCGUUUCUUCCGCCACCAACGGAGGUACAAUUCAAGUGCGCCUAGGGAGCACUUCGGGCACUCUUGUUGGAACUUGCACUGUAUCAGGCACUGGCAGCUGGCAGACAUGGAAGACUGUGACUUGUCCGAUAAGUGGAGCCACAGGAACCCAAGAUUUGUACUUUGUCUUUGCAGGUAGCGGUACUGGCUUCUUGCUUAACUUCAACUGGUGGCGCUUUGACAAUGGUAGCACAUAGUCAACAGCUGGAGCUGGAAAUCUUCUAACUACUAGUUCUGGGCCUACGACUAAAACCUCUUCGCCUUCUAAAACUACCUCUAGCAGUCCCUCUGGAUCUUGUCAAGCGCUCUAUGGUCAAUGUGGCGGUUCUGGAUGGACAGGCAUAACUUGCUGCGCACAGGGAACUUGUCAAAUUUCCAAUACGUAUUAUUCCCAAUGUUUGAGCUAGGGCGGAUUCAUUGAAAGGAACCUGUUUGGGUCAAAGAGCUGGAAACUGAGGGGUAUAAGUAAAUGAGAUGCAAAAAAUGGAAUGUUCGGACCAAUGGUUAUUCAUUUUGACGAAAAAAACUGGAUCCCUAUUUGCUUCUACUUCUUUACACUUUAUAUGAAAAACAGAGGGGUUGUAUCCUUCAAACAGUGGCAAAAAUUGAGAAAAAAAGAUAUUCUAGAGUGGGACACUAAUCGUGAAUCAUGCAUCGGAUCCUCCUGCGGAGCACAGAGAUCCAGAGGAUUCGGAGGAUCUCCGGAUGCCUUCACUUAUGAUCGAUUGACAUCUAUUUCACAACAUGGAGAGAUGGCUCCUAUUUUUUUGUAGCUUUUCAAUCAAACUUGCUUGUAUCAAAUCAAGUUACCUUGCACCACUUGCUGAACAACUUUCACUAAAUAGUUGACCAGAAUUGUCUCGCGGCACUCGUGUCUCGAGCUGUAUUUUAAUGAUAAGCUCAACGACCUCCAGCGAUGUUUUGGUUACCUCGCUAUCUUCCACAAGGGUCACUGUGGUGGCUCAAAUGUGCUUCGACGUCAUUGUCCGUAACAGGUGUUCGUUGUCUGUGCAGUUUGUUCGUUAUCCCUAACCCACCAAAUGUGACGCCACUUCUAUCGAAGUGAAGUGACUUUUAUGAUAUAUAACUAACCAUUCUGGCUAUUAUAACUCUAGCUCAUACAGAUGCCUGAGGAUCUUAGGCUCAAAGGGUGGCCACUAUUUAGUAGUAGUAAAUCUGUAUGUAGAGAUUAGAUAA